AUGCCCCCCUCCUUGCGAAAGGCCUGCCACGCAUGCACUGCGGCUAAGCGACGAUGUAUCCCUCGUCUCCCAAAUUGCCCUCGUUGCGCCGAGAAAGGUCUCCUCUGCCAAUAUGAUCUCGAGCCUGUCAACAGCGAUCCCAGUCAUCGUGAGAAUUUGGCGGUGCCAAGGAUCUUCGACUCGAUCGAAGCAGCCCAUCUGCACGCCAUAUCGACCUACAAAGCUUCGGGUGAAUUUGUCAACGGUAUUCCUCUGAUGGGCAACGAGGAAACUUUUGCAAUUGCGAUUGGCCAUCUAGCCCAGAUCCCGGCCCUCACUUUCCAAUCCCGAUCAUCUCUAUUCGUACAUAAGAAUAUCUUCAGCCUUGCUGUCUUGCCGGCACUUGAAUCAUCCACAGCUACAAGCCUUUCUACCAAACAGCUACUUAUCGAGCAAGAUAGGCUCCUCUCACUGGAUGUUCACGAGCUGUCUUUUGUCGAGUUCCUCGGUAACUUGCAUCGUCUCAUCGCUAUAAUUCUGGCCUAUGCUCUGAAACCAAACCUGGAGAUUGACAGACGACCUCUAAGCCCUGAUUUCCAAUCUGUACUAGAUCUUCUCCAUCAAUGGUCCGCCCAUUUUCAAACCACUCUACCUGAAGAUCUCGGGAGUGACCUUUCCGCCUGGAAUGCGUGGGCUACUGCAGAAACGACUCGGCGAACUAUGAUUGCAGUGGUUGUGGUUUCGGGUAUAGUCCAAGUUCUUCAAACCGGGGUUUGCUCGUACCAACCCUUUGUCGAAGCUUUGUGCUUUGACUCCAGGACGGGGGUGUGGGAAGCGGAAAGGGAAGAAGCAUGGCAGAGAGCUGUCGAUCAUCACGGGACUGGCGUCGGAGAGGCCAGUCUCGUUUCAUGGUCCGAAUUCAUCGAGUGUGGUGGAGCAGCACCAAGACAACAGCAUGAUGGUAUGCUCCAACGAUUUUUGCUGGCUUGUUACUUUGGCAAGGAGACUCAACUCCCAUCAGAGAUGCAAACUUCCGUUCCUUUCAACACUCAUUGGCUCCCCAACCCCGGCUAG